UGUUAGUACUGCUGUGUUAUACUUCGACACAUGUGUUGCUGUCAAAGAAGCGUCUACCAGUCAACAAAUAUCUACACCACACUGACCUGUAAGAAUACAUGUAUAUGCUAAUACGAGUACAAACCGUCAGAAGUUGUAAAUAAUAGUUUGUGUUGACUCAGUUGUUACGCGAAGACCUCUGGAGUAAUUUCAGCUAGCGGCUAAGCUAGCAGACCGAGCAAAGGAGUAGAAGGGACUGUUGAGUGUUCCUGAUGCAAUAAUGGCUGAUGCAUUCAGCAGCAGCUCGGAAACAGUAAUUCAGCGUGUAGUUGACGUCACAGUGAAGACAAAUACUCCUCCAGAAAAACUUGAAGAGUUGUAUCAGAUUAAGAAGAUCUGCGACUUUAUCAGUCAGCAUCAAUUUCAGAAGGUUGCUCUGCAGUUUCCUGAUGAGCUGCUGGUGGAUUCAGUUGCUAUAGCAGUAGAGAUCGAGAGACACAGUAAUGCCAAGCCAUUCAUUUUAGGAGAUACAUCCUAUGGCAGUUGCUGUGUGGACGAGGUAGCUGCUGAACACGUUGGAGCCGAUUGUAUUGUGCACUAUGGCAGAACUUGCCUCAGCCCCUCUAAAAGACUGCCCUUGAUGUAUGUGUUUGAGAGAAGACCGUUGGAUGUGGACAAAUGUGCCUCCACCUUCAGAGAACUCUACCCUGACUCACAGAGUCACAUCAUCAUCCUCUAUGAUGUUAACUACGUUCACGCUAUGAAUGAUCUUGUGACACUUCUGUCUCCAGAGUAUCCAAACCUUGUUGCCUCAGAGCUUGUUGUCGAGGGGGAGCAGUGUUACAGUCACGGCCGGAUCCGACAACAUGAUGAUACCUGUCAGUCGGAACAAGACAACCGGCAGGUUAUUUGUCAGUUUGGGAGGCAGUUCUCCUUGAAAAGUGGUUCAAGCAUAACAGAUUACAGUAUGUUCUAUGUUGGCCAGGAAGGAGCUGCUCUUAGAAACUUCAUGAUGACUUGGAAUCGCUGCUCAUUUUGCUCUUUUGACCCCAUCACAAUGACGGGGAGGACUGAGUCCGUGAGCAUUAACCGUGCACUGAUGAAGCGAUAUUACGCUAUAGAAAGGGCCAAAGAUGCCAAUGUGGUUGGCAUCCUGGUCGGCACUCUGGGGGUGGCUGACUACCUCACUAUCAUCCAGCAGCUGAAGGAGACCAUCCACAGAGCUGGCAAGAAGAGCUACAUGUUUGCCAUGGGGAAACUGAACGUGCCCAAACUUGCCAACUUUCUUGAAAUUGACAUUUUUGUGUUAAUAGCGUGUCCUGAGAACUCACUGCUGGACUCAAGUGAGUUCUAUAAACCUGUGGUGACGCCAUUUGAGAUGGAGGUGGCCUGCAACAAGAACAGGGAGUGGUCAGAGGAAUAUGUCACAGACUUUCGACGUCUCCUACCAGGUGGACAGAGUCAUGUGCCUUUGGCUGAUCAGCAGGAGGAGGGAGAUGAGACUGACAUGUCUUUAAUCACUGGAGCUCUGCGAAGCCACAAUCUGUUGAGCAUGGAGCCAGCAGUGUCCUCAUAUGGCUCUUCUGUGGUCCUCAGGAACCAGACGCUGACGGUCGCCAACACAAACUCAGCUGCAUCUUUUCUGGCAGAACGGAGUUGGCGUGGCUUAGAGCAGAAGUUGGGAGAGACACCCGUGGUGAAGGCAGUAGAGGGCAGAAGAGGCAUAGCUAUUGCCUAUGAAGAGGAAGGAACGUCAUGAAAAUUUA